CCGGCGUCGGCUACGCCCGCCUCACCUGCGCGUUACGUGCCCUGCGCCACUCGCCGGCAUCUGAGCAAUGAUCCCCACCGUCGUGGGUCUUCGAGGUGAAAGGGGCAGUGCCCAUGGGCCAGUUUAACAGCGGCGGAGGCAGGUGGGGGACCUUGACUGGGGUCAGCCCGCCGAACUUCCCCGCUCGAGGAUAUUUUACUUCAAGUAAAGAACAUGGUGAAACUAAUUCACACGUUAGCGGAUCAUGAUGAUGAUGUCAACUGCUGUGCCUUGUCCUCUUCCCUCUUGGCCACUUGCUCCUUGGACAAAACAAUUCGCCUGUACUCCCUGAGUGACUUCAGUGAAUUGCCACAUUCUCCAUUGAAGUUUCACACCUAUGCUGUCCACUGCUGCUGUUUCUCCGCUUCAGGACAUAUUUUGGCUUCAUGUUCAACAGACGGUACCACUGUCUUAUGGGAUACUCAAAACGGACAGACUUUGGCAGUGUUGGAACAGCCCAGUGGUAGCCCCGUGAGGGUUUGCCGGUUUUCCCCAGACUCCACUUGUUUGGUAUCAGGGGCAGCUGAUGGAACUGUUGUUUUGUGGAAUGCACAGUCAUACAAGUUAUAUAGAUGUGCUAGUGUUAAGGAUGGCUCCUUGGUGGCCUGUGCAUUUUCUCCUAAUGGAAACUUCUUUGUCACUGGCUCCUCGUGUGGAGAUUUAACAGUGUGGGAUGAUAAAAUGAGGUGUCUGCAUAGUGAAAAAGCACAUGAUCUUGGAAUGACCUGCUGCGAUUUUUCUUCACAGCCAGUUUCUGGUGGAGAACAAGGUCUUCAAUUCUUUCGACUGGCAUCAUGUGGUCAGGAUUGCCAGAUCAAAAUUUGGGUUAUUUCCUUUACCCAUACCUUAGGUUUUGAAUUAAAAUAUAAAAGUAUACUGAGUGGGCACUGUGCUCCUGUUCUGACUUGUGCUUUUUCUCACGAUGGGCAGAUGUUAGUUUCAGGAUCAGUGGAUAAGUCUGUCAUAGUGUAUGAUACUAAUACUGAGGAUAUACUUCACACCUUGACUCAGCACACCAGGUAUGUCACGACUUGUGCCUUUGCACCCAAUAUCCUUUUACUUGCUACUGGUUCAAUGGACAAAACAGUGAAUAUCUGGCAGUUUGACCUGGAAACACCUUGCCAAGCAAGGAUCGUGGAAGAUCAACCAAAGCAAUUUACUGAAGAUUGGUCAGAGGACGAUGUCUCAAACUGGCUUUGUGCACAAGGUUUAAAAGACCUUGUUGGUAUUUUCAAAAUGAAUAACAUUGAUGGACGAGAACUGUUGAAUCUUACAAAAGAAAGUCUAGCUGAUGAUUUGAAAAUUGAAUCUCUAGGGCUGCGUAGUAAAGUUCUGCGGAAAAUUGAAGAGCUCAGGACAAAGAUGAAAACGCUUUCCUCUGAAAUUCCUGAUGAAUUUAUAUGUCCAAUAACUAGGGAGCUUAUGAAAGAUCCUGUCAUUGCAUCAGAUGGCUAUUCAUACGAAAAGGAAGCAAUAGAAAAUUGGAUCAGCAAAAAGAAACGUACAAGUCCCAUGACAAAUCUUGUUCUUCCUUCAGUGGUACUUAUACCAAAUAGGACUCUGAAAAUGGCCAUUGAUCGAUGGCUGGAGACACAUAAAAAAUAAAACUGUUCAUUUUAUAUUGCAUUAUUUAUAUUUUCUGUGAUUUCAUUUGAAUGAUUUAAAGGUAGAUACUAAUCAGACAUUAUUAAAAGCAAAACAGAAGGAGAAAGGUAAACUUCUUAAACUUAGUUACCUAUAAAAACUAUUUACUGGCUAUUUUCAUUCUUUAAAACAUAGGAACUAAGUAACACAUAUAACAUCUUUUCUAUUUUUACUAUAAAAGCCUUUUUAUACUAGUGAAAAAAAAGCUUAACCUGUAAAGAAGUAAAGUUUUACAACUUUAAAUUUGCCAUGCUCAAAUUUAUUCUUGUUAUAGAUCAUAUUCCAUUAUAACCAGAGAUUGGAAUAAUCUAGAAUAUAACAGAUAAAUCCUAGUUAAUAACUGUUCAUUUGAUAACUCUUUGGAAUCCUUCUAAAGAGAAUUUUUAGCAAAACAAUUGUAGAUUUGUUUAUGACUAAAUUGAGAAAAUCACUUUGACGUUUAAUGAGCAAUUUUGUUAGAUUCUAAGUUUGCAAGGUAGUAAUGAUUUUCCCCCAUUGUCCAAACCUAGGUACAAGUUAGAUGGAAUAAAUUAUCACAGAUACAUCAAGUUGACUUUGCUGAAACAUAUAAAGUGGCAAACUAGCCUCCCUUUACAAUUUAGAAUUCUUAAAAGUUCUCACAUAAUAGUUUAAGCUAAGGUGACUAUACAUUUUUACACAACAGACUGAUAGCUAAUACAACACCCUGAUAAACAUUCAGAAGAAAACAUCAAGUUUGGAAAGCUGAGGUUGUGUGGACUCUCCAUUUGUCUCACAAGUUGUUUACCAGAAUGGAAGCCAUUAGUGGGAAAGCUUGUUAGAACUAAACUCUAAGGGCAGGCAGGGACCAAGACUCUGUGCUUACCCCCGAAAUCCUCACUGUCGUCGUUCUGAAAUUUGAAAACACAGAAAUAAAAGGGAAAAAUCAGUGUAAGUAUUUAUUCCGUCAGCCUUUUCUAGUGUUUUAUAAACUUAUAGCUAAUAUGCUGUAUGUUCACAGAAGGGUGGAAAGCUACCACAGAAAUCUCCAAAAACCUGUUCUUUGUAAUUGCUGCUUUGUAAAAUUUCUGUCAUCCUAAUGUAUUACUGAAUUUUAUUUCCUUUGUGUCACAGCUGGGAUUCACAAUACGUGAUUCUAGAAGAGUUUUUUUUUUUUUCAUACUACACAUGCUGCUCACAUUCUUACUCAUGAGGACCAAAAGAUGGGAACAUGUUCUAGAAGGGGUUUUUCUAUUGUAUUCUGUAGAGGAAGUAUGCUAACAUAAUUCUAACAAAAGACUGGGUAAAAUUGAUAGAGCCCACCAUUGGACCAGAUAUCUUUUGUUUUGAUAAAAUAGACUUAUUUUCCAAAGAAGGCUGGCUGGUUUUCACAUAAAAAUUACUGAAAAUCACUGAAGUCACUGAGAGAAAACAGUAAAUGUUGGUUAUUUGCUGAAUGUGUUAAAGAAGGUGAUUUUCUUUUUUACGUUUCACUAGGAUAGUUUCUUGUUAAAUGGCCGAAAACUAAGAUGCCAAUUUACAAAAGUGAAGUGCAUCUGUUUUUAUAUACAAACAAACCGAAGCGGAGCUGCUACUCCUUCCCACAAACACAAGCAAACAAACUAAAUAAACCAAACCCAAACUCACCCAUAGGAAAGGACACCACACGGCCCCUCUGCACUCUUGGGGACCACCAUCCGUGCAGGACUAGGCAGGAGCAGCCAUCACCUACCUGCCCACUGCCCGGUCCUCAGCACUGACCAGUAGCAUCCCAAGGAGACUGCACUUCCUGGGGUAACUGGACCAAAUACCUUUACUAAGAAUCUAUCAAAAUCGUAAUGUAAUGUAUAAUACAUUCUAAUAGUCACACUGGCAGCAUCACAGGAAGUCAUCCAAUAAGAAUGAUUAAUAGAGUUUUCCCCUCCUACCCAGUUUUUUGUUUUUUACCUUUAGUUUAAAUAUAUAGCUUUCAAGAGUGACUGAAAAUACUUUACUUGGCCUUGCUAGUAAUAGCAGUAACCACACAAUAACCUGAAGUUGCUUAGGCUUAAGAUUCCACAUCAGGAUUUUAUCACAAUACAACAGUUUAAUGUUCACACUCAUUCAUACUACUUUGAAACUGAAAUAUGUGGUUAUAAAGACAAACACUUUUAACUCAAAGAUAAUAGAAAUAUGAAGAACAAACUUUCACACUGGCACAGUGUUCAGUGUAUGUAUCGCCAAAGUGGGAGUUAUAUACUGAAGAUGCACUGUUGCCACUAAAACCACGCUCCAGGAUUUCCGAACAGAGAAGUACAGAAUGCUCUUCAUGCGUUCUUCUCAUUUCAGGCAAAAAGACUAAUUUUGACCCUGGAAUGUUUUGGGAUUUCUGGAAGCCAUUACCCUUGUUCUGAAAUUAUUAAAUAAAAUUAAAUAUGUAUUUGUAGUAUUACUGAGAAACAGGCUUUCCACUUCUUUAGGAUAAAAUCACUCUGGAUUUAAGCAAGGCAGAUAGCUGACAUCAGGAUCUUCUCUACGCAGCCAUUGUUUCAUUUAAUGCAAAACAAAUUCUAUUAAUUGUCUUUAUUCCAUAUGGAAAAGUACAGUAGUUGUGCAGAAACAAAACUACAUAACAAAAGAGUAAGACUUCCACAAAUAUUAAAGAAAACAAUAAAUAAGCCAUAGUAGUUAUAGCAGAACUCAUGAGACGCCUCUAAAAAAGACUGACAAAGCUGUACAAAGUACUCUGUACACACUCAGGAACAAAUGGAGAAUGACACCAGAAGAGUCCUAUUCGUACAAAACCAUAAUGAUGCUCACAGGGACUUCAUUACAACUAUUCGUUUUUAAAACAUUCUGUAAAUAUAGAACUUCCUUCUCUCCAAUUCUAGAAAAUAAAUUUCACAUCCCAACAUACAAAACAAAUACACUCCCACCACCUCUCUCAAACUAGUAUUUUAACAUCCUCCAAUAGCACACCAUUUUCUUAUAAAAAUACCUUUAAAAUCAAGGUUCACUCCUGUACCUUAUCUUUACAAAUGAAUAAUACAUCAGUUUGGACUUAAGUAGCACCUCAGAGGUGUUCAUAUAAAUGAGAUAAAGUGCUGUUACUGGUAUACUGUUAACAUGCCAUAUAUAUUAUCGUUCAGUGCAAUAACCAGCAUGGACGAAGCUUAAAAAGAACAUGCAAAUGUAUGACUUUAAGAUUAACUACUUCAAAUAGUUAUAUUUACAAGUCUGAAUACAACUUGGCUAUAUGAUAUAUACAACAUGUGGCUAUAAAGUAAUGACUAUAAUAAAACGAAAGCAAUAACCAACCACACCUUAAGUAUCCGAAUUAAAUAUUGUCAUUAGAGGACCUUGGAAGGUUUGUUCCAGGAGUGCUAUCAUUGAUAAAAGCCGUUUGGGGACCAACUGAGAGCUAAUUUACAUGUCACCGAGAAUGCUGUAUUCUUAGUAUUUUAGCCCAAAUUCAACUUAACCACCAAUCAUGAUUCCAAAUGGUUUAUACUGUUUCCAAAUAUUAAAAACACCUUGAAGCGGGAAUAUAGUUCCAAAAAAAGGAACCAUAACACAGAAAUAGCUGUUUAAUCUUUUUAAGGAAACUGCUAUAAAGGGAACAAUACUUGGAUGUUCUUAUAUUUUGCUUAAAAAAAAAAAGUGACCCAUAUAACACGUAUAGUCACAUUCAGCUAGAAAUUACUCAGGUCUUUCAUAUAUAUAUAUACACGUGCACAUACACACUGACCCUUGAACAACAAAGGUUUGAAUUGUGCAGGUCCACCUAUACAUGGAUUUUUUUUUCCCCGGUCAAUACAUACUACAUGAUCCACGGCUGGUUGAAUACGAGGAUGUGGAACCCUCCACAGGGCCGACUAAAAGCUACACUGUACAUUUUUG